UUUAGACUUUAGAAACAAAAUAUUGCAAAGUAACAAAAAAAAAAAAUAACAAUGGCAUAAAUAAACACGUAUCAACACACAAAAGAAUAAAAUUAAAGUUUUUAAAGUAUUAUUAUUUGUACUGUUUACUGUGAAUGAUCAAACUUUGUUUAUUAUUAUUUUUCAUUUAUUGAAUUAUUCACAAAUGUUUAUUUUAAAAAACUCUAUUAAUUUUGUGACAAAUUGUGAAAUAAAUAUAGAACAAUUAUUUUAGAUACAUUUAAUUAAUUGAUUAAAAUAUAUAUUGAAGGUGAAUAAAAAAUUGUCAUGUUAAACAAAGGAAAAUUAAGAGAUAAUUCAGAAAAAUCAAAUGAUGAUGAAGAUAAUGAUGAUGUAGUACCAGUUGAUGAUGACAAUAAAAUAGAAGAAGCAUCAAAUGAUUCACCAAAAUAUCGAAAUAGUCCACCAAGAUUAACACAAAGUAAUGAUGUUGCUUGGGAUUGGCACAGUCCAGGUAUUGAUAGAACAAAUACUUCAAAACAAGGACAAACAUUUGGAACACCAAAAAGUACAAAAUUAUCUCGUAAUAAACGUAAUUCAAAUUCACCAUUAUUAUAUAAACCAAUUAAAAGAGUACUAAUUAAAAAAGAUCCUUCAAAUGGAGUUAAAUUAUUCAAAGCUGAACUUCAAGCUUUGUCAAAUCAAUUAGAUUCUCACAAUUCUGGUCAAUCUAAAAGUGAAUCAACUGAAAAUGUUGAUCCAGCUAAAGAUGAAAUUAUUGAUAAUAUAGAUAUAAGUGAAUUUAAUAAUGAAAUUGAUUUACAUGAAAAUAAGACUAACGAGAAUAUUGGUGUUGAUGAUAAAAAUAAAUUAAAUAAUAAUAAAAAAGAUGAUGAAAAUAAAAGCUGUUUAAAUAAAAGUUUUGAUCAACUAUUAAAUGAUUCAAUUGAUGAUGAAUUUAUGGUACAAUGCAGUCAAGAAGUUGAAAAUAAAUUGAAAUUUGAAGAAAAAACAUCAAAUAAACAUGAUGUAUUUACAAAUUCAUCAAGUACCAAUAAAAAUACAGCAAGUACUUUUACAUCUGAUUCAAAGAAGAAUGAAAAAAUUAAAGAUGCCAAUGUCGUGCCAUUGUUAUCGUCAAAUUCACAAAAUCGUAAGAAUCAUGUAACACAGUCAAGUGUUGUAUCAACCGUACUAAAACCAACAACCAAUAUUAAUCUGGUAACAAAAGAAAAAUCAUUUCCAGUUCAAAAAACAUAUGGUACAACAAAAACUACUGUUGUAAUACCAGCUAAAUCAUCAUCAAACUAUCCACAAAUACCAAAGUCUAAACCUUCAUCAUCAACAUAUCCAAAACCUACUAAUAUUAAAAGUUCAAACAAUUUUUCUUCUAGUACAAAUAAUACAAUACCAAAAGUCAGCUCAAUAAAUUUACCAAAACCAUCAACAGCAUUGCCUGUUGUUGAAACAUUUGAAAUACUUGAUGAUGAUGAUGAUUUAUUUAAUGAUGUUGAAUUGUCAAGUGAUGUAUUAGACACUCAAUUAAAUUAUAAUUCUAAAAAUAAUCAAUCAACAUUAAAUAAAUUACCUUCUAAUCAAGCUCAGAAAGCAUCAGUAUCAACUUGGGAACCAAAUAAAAAACCUACGACAUCUGGAGGACAUGGAAGCUUUCAACCGAAAUUUUUUAGAUCAAAAAGUACAUCAGAUUCAAAUGUUGAUAAAAAUAAUUCAAAAGUAACACCUGUUUCAUCUUCAUCAACAAUUAAAACAAGUAAUAAUACAAAAAAUUUAGGAGAAAGUAGUAAAACAUCAAAGCUGAGAUCCGUAAGUAAUGAUAAUUUGGCUAUUUCCAAUACUGGUUCAAAUAGUUUAAACAGGGGAUUUAAUAAUGGAAAGACAUGCGAUUCUGACAGAUUAAAAGUAAAAAAAGAUGGUGAUAACAAGUCGUCGUCUGGCAUGCAGUGCACGACAGAACAAAUUGAGAAGAAACGAUUAGAAGCUCAAAUGAGACGAGCAGCAAAGAUGAAAAAUAAUAAUAAUAAUAAUUAUAAAAAAUAAUCAUAAUUUCAAAGAUAAAUAUUAUUCUGUUAACAGAACUUUAUUUUUAUAUAAAUUAUCCAUUGUACCAUUUUUGUAUCAUACUACUUAGGUUUGUUUUUUUUUCUUUCUUAUUUUAAUUAAUUAUUGUAAACUAUUUGAAUAAGUUCAUGGCUAACAGUAUCAAUACAAAUAUCCAUGUCAAAUAAAUAAUAAAUUAAUGUUUCUUAUGUA